AUGGAAGAUGCUAUAACCACUGCUGCGUUAACUGUUGUUUCAGGAGAAGGAAAAAAAUGCGAGAAAAUCCAACUACCGGUAGUUAGCCCCAAUUACAAUCCCGAAGUUUUACUAUUCAACCUUGAUGACAUUAAAAAACUUCGGAAUAAUUAUCACAUUUUAGGAUUACUUAUAGGAACACUACCGCAGUUCCCACAGCAGAAUUUGUUUCUAUCCGUUCCCUUGAAAUUGAACGUAUGGGAAACACUAUGGUUGCUAAAGCAUGACGUUGCUGUGCUAAUAGACCAGUUAUCUUAUAGAAGUGCCAAAUCAAGAAAAAUCAUGGCGGAGCAAAAUAAAAGCAAUAAUAUUGUGGAUCUGAUGAUAACUACACCAAACACAGAUAUAGAUCGAGAUUAUGAGUUGGCAAAAUCAUUUGAGAUUGAUGUAAAACAAUAUUUACAAGCCUACCUCAAAAACCCCGCAUCAAGAAUGCCACUUGCUAAACUCAUUAGGGAUUUUAAGUAUUAUGAUUUCUUGCAAAAACAAGGUUUUUACAUUAACCCCGGAUUGAGGUUUGGUGGCGAUUUGGUAUUAUACCCUGGCGAUCCAUUACGGUUUCAUUCGUAUUCUAUUGUCAAGUUUGAGUUUGCUGAUAUGUAUGAUAUUAUUACUGGUGGUAGAUUAGCUACUGCAGUGAAGAAAAAUAUGAUUAUUAUGGGGUUUCGAGAAAAGAGGGGUAAGCAAGGUGAAAGUAAAGAUAGAGUAGGAGAGAGUGCGGAUACUGUUGUUGUUGAUGAUGCAUUUAUUGAGGAGUUGUUUGAGGAUGAAGUGCCAUUAUGUUUCUCUAUUGAGUGGGCUGGUUUUGGCUAG